AUGUUUUUGUGCGACGAGCGGCAUCGGGAUUCGGCGAGGUUGUACGCGGACGACGACGGGGACGAUGAUGGGGAACGACAGAAGUGGCGCACGAAGGAUCGCAUGAAGACGGUUUCGGUGGCUCUGGUGCUUUGCUUGAACAUAGGGGUGGACCCGCCCGAUACGAUGAAAAUUUCGCCGUGCGCGCGCAUGCAGUGUUGGAUCAAUCCGAUGAGCGCUCAACCGCAAAACGAGUUGGACGCGAUAGGAAAGGCGUUGCAGGCGCAGUACGAGCGAUGGCAACCGAGAGCGAAGUAUAAGCUUCAACUCGAUCCCACGACUGAGGAUAUGAAGAAACUGUGCAUAUCGUGCCGGAGAAACGCAAAGGGCGAGCGAGUUCUGCUCCACUACAACGGCCACGGAGUUCCGAAACCGACGGCUAAUGGAGAAAUUUGGGUUUUCAACAAAUCUUACACGCAGUACAUCCCGCUGUCGGUGUUUGAUUUACAGGCUUGGACUGGGACGCCAGCCAUUUACGUCUUCGACUGUUCCAACGCCGGAUUGAUCGUCAAAUCCUUCUUGAAGCUGUCGGAUCCAUCUGCCGCGCCGAAAAUCACAGCAAACGAGUGUAUUUUAAUCGCCGCGUGCGGUGCAAAUGAAAUUUUACCGCAAUCGGCCGAUCUUCCAGCUGAUGUUUUCAGUGCAUGCUUAACGACUCCAGUGAAAAUGGCGUUGCAUUGGUUUUGCUCGAAUUCCGUCCUUCGAGGGCAAGGAAUCUCGGCUGAUAUCAUCGACAACAUCCCAGGAAUGCAGAAUAAUCGCAAGACGCCACUGGGCGAGCUGAAUUGGAUUUUCACCGCAAUCACGGAUACGAUCGCUUGGAACGUUUUGCCUCGUAGUCUUUUUCAACGAUUGUUCAGGCAAGACUUACUCGUUGCGUCGUUGUUCAGGAAUUUCUUGCUCGCCGAACGCAUCAUGCGUGCAAACAACUGCACGCCUGUAUCAUCGCCGAGAUUGCCACCCACUCAUCAACAUCCUAUGUGGGCGGCGUGGGAUAUGGCCGUCGAGCAGUGCUUGCUGCAAAUGCCAGCUUUACUUUCUGGCAAUCCAGACACUGAAUUCGUGCCGUCGCCUUUCUUCACAGAUCAACUCACAGCGUUCGAGGUGUGGUUGGAGUACGGAAGCGAGAACGACGCGCCGCCUGAACAGUUGCCGAUCGUUUUGCAAGUUUUACUCUCUCAGUCGCACCGUUUGCGAGCGUUAAUUCUGUUGGGGCGAUUCUUGGAUUUAGGAUUGUGGGCCGUCGAGCUUGCAUUAUCUGUCGGCAUCUUCCCUUACGUGUUAAAGUUGCUUCAGACGACGGCUCCAGAGUUGCGUCAAAUUUUGGUUUUCAUAUGGACGAAGAUUCUUGCGCUUGAUCGAUCGUGUCAAGCCGAUCUUGUCAAGGACGACGGUCACGCAUAUUUCAUUCGGUUCUUGCAGAGUUCAAACGUACCGGUUGAAGAACGCGCGAUGGCCGCUUUCAUCUUGGCGGUCAUCUCAGACGGCCAUGAGAAGGGACAGACAGUUUGCAUGGCUAGCGGCCUGAUGGAGAUUUGUUUACUAAAUAUCCCGGAAGCGGCACUCCCAGAGACCGGAUCACCAUUUUUCCUUCGAUGGUUGUGUCUUUGCCUCGGAAAGCUGUGGGAAGACAAUGUAGAGGCUCAGAAAGCUGCGUGUAACGCACAGGCGCACGCAAUGCUGGCAACCUUGUUCGCGCAUUCGUCACCGGAUGCCCGUGCAGCGGCCGUGUACUCACUCGGCUCGCUCAUUUCUAUUGGUCACACGCUAGACCCCGAUUUGCUUCAGAGAGAAGACUCAAAGGACGAUUCUCAAACGCAAGAGCUCAUGCACGCCAUGUCGUCGACGAGCGUGGCGAUCAAUUUGCUCACGACCGCAGAAGAUGCGAGUCCAAUGGUUAGAGUCGAAACUGCUGUAGCGCUCUCUCGUAUCGCUCGCGCGCACAAAGUCUUCAUGCGCGAAGCGGCGAUUGCAUGGAAACGCGAUUACGACACCGUCACGGCGAGACGUGUGGGCAUGUCCACCGUGGAUGAAGAUGGCGAUCGACCGACGAGCUCUCUCACCGUUGAAAAUGUGGCGCGCUCGGCCGACGCACAGCAAGGAUUAUUGGACUCUCACGGUGAAUGUAGCGAUGGAGGUUCGAUUCCACUCCCGCCUACGUAUCCGCAAUCGCAGUACGGCGAUGAUUGGAUGCAAGAGCGGACAACUGAAGGACCGAAGGGUGGGUUGUACACGCAAAUCUUACAAGUGCUGCUCGAUCUCGCCACCGACGCAGCUCCGUCUGUUUCCGCGGCAGGAAUAAAAGCUCUCAUGAGUGUUGGACUGGAAAUGACGCAUCCAAUAAUGGAAAAAGCGACUAGCACUGGGAGCUUUGCCAAAGAUUCGUCGCACCUCCCGGCGUUGAAUAUUCCGCGCGUAGGAUCGCGAACAAGCGACUUGCGACUUUCUCCGAGGAACGAUUCACCGCUACGUCGAACGACAAGUACGCUCAUCUCCGAUCACGACCCAGGUUACGAUAGCUCGGGGACUUUACCGCGUUUUGGUUCUCACGCGUCCCUUGAAUCGCUUGAGUCUCCUCGAAUCGGUGGCGGAUCGAAUGAUACGAGCAGAUUCGAUCAUGCUCACGGCGACGAGUUACCGAGAAGUAUGAUUUACAAGCGCAGCUGCGCGCACUUUUCGAUGGCAUUGCUCGAAUCGGCGCAAGAGGAAGAAGAGACUCCCGAUACGAAGCGUCGUGCGGACAGAUUGAGAAGAAUGUACGAGAGAAUGGCAGAGACGCGAACGACGGAAGAACAUCGACUCAAAAUGACAGAGUAUGUUUCGAGCAUUGACGUGGGUGGAGGUGGCGUCGUGCCCACGUCGAUCAUCAUGCACUCGUUAGAGCCACAAGCCGUCGCCGGCGACAAUCGAGGUCGCGUACACGUCUGGGACCACACUUCAUCGCGGAUGGUCAACAAGAUUGAAACGGGCUUGAAAAGCACCGACAUGCUAUCCCUCGUGAACGAAACCGACGAUGCACUCUUACUCACGGGUUGCGUCGAUGGCUCGGUGAAAAUCUGGCGCGACUACGAUAAAAUUGGUGGUGAAUCUCUCGUGACUGCUUGGAAUACGCUGCCUUCGCCAACCAUCUUACCCGACACUGGAAGCACCGGCUCCUUACCGAUGUCCCUGUACAAGCCGUCAACGCAUUACAACGCCCAUGAGUCCACGAAGGCGGUGAUCGUUUGGCAGCAGCUGACCGGAUGUCUUUACGCCACGGGCAAUGCGCCUCAUCCGUUGCUGCGCGUUUGGGACGUUUCAAGCGAACUCUGCCGGGAGACAUUGAGCCUUCAAUCACAAGGAACGUGUUUGACCGCUGAAGGCGCUCUUCUCAUGGCUGGCACAGCAGAUGGUGCAGUGUUGUCCUACGAUUUGAGAGCGCCCGCACGUUUAUUGAGCGCGAUGCAAACGCACACGCAGCCAGUGAUUUCAAUCCUACUUCAACCUGGAGGCGAAGAUAAUCUCCUGAUCACUGGUUGCUCAGACGGGCAAAUCAAGUUUUGCGAUUUGCGCAAUGCAUCGAAGCCAUUUCUCACGACGGAAGUGUCGAGACCAUCUGCGGUGCCCAAUCGCACCCCAUCGCUCACCGCGCUUGUCGGACAUCCUUGCGCCCGCGUGAUUGCCUCGGGAUCAUCUGAGCGCGCCAUCAAGCUUUGGGAUUUGCAAGGUCACAAUUUCGCCUCAAUUCAGUACACGAACUCGUUCCUUGGGCAACGAAUAGGUUCCGUCACCGCGCUCUCGUUCCAUCCGAACUUGAUGUACCUCGCAGCUGGUAGCAGCGCUGGUCACGCCACAAUUUAUAGUCAUUAG